GCUUCCCUUAGUUCAAAAUAUUCCACGGUACGAAUAAAUAACAUCACGUUUCUAAGAAGGCUGCGCAAUGGGUCGAUAUUCAUCAGACAGUGACGAUGAAAAGAAAAAGAGAAAGAAGAAGAAGAAAAGGCGUUCACGAUCUCGAUCAAAAAGUUUAGAGAGCAUAGACAGUAGACAUUCUUCUAAACAGAAGAAAUCCAAAAAAAAGAAGAAGCGAAGGUCAAGGUCACACAGCCGAUCACCUGAGCGUAGAAGGUCAAGGUCGUAUGACCGACGGAGGUCAAGGAGCAGAGAGCGUUACAGAAAGAGGUCAAGGUCAGUUAGCCGAGGUCGUUACUCAAGGUCACGAAGCAGAGACAGGAGGAGAAGGAGGUCGAGGUCAUAUGACUCCCAUUCAAGGUCAGCACGGAGGUCAAGGUCACGCAGUUUGGGAAACAGAAGGUCAAAGAGAGACAGGGAUUCAACAGAAAGAGAAGACCCUUGCUUGAAUAUACCCGGAUUUGCAGAAAUGGCUCCAUCCGAACAAGCAAAGAUACGAAUGAACAUGGCCCUGAAAGCAGCAGCUGCAGCAGAUGAGAAAAUCAAGGGAGAUACCCAGCGGAUCAGCAGUGCCACUAGCCUGCAGGAUUCCAUGGCCUUUUCUCAGGCAAUCCAGGAUAUUGAAAGCACCGGGUUCUCUGCUGCUACGUUCAAGUCAAGUAGAGGGGACCACAAAGAUGGGAGCACAGACCGAGAUGAGUUCGUAUUUGGUACCGCAGGGGAACUAAGAUUGGACAGCCAUAGGAAGCCAGUCAUACUGGACAUUGACAAGGAGGAUCUGGCUCAUCCAAGUUUGUACAGUGACCCCGAGGAGCGUAUGGAGCGCUGGGUGCAAAGACUCACACAGCUUAGGAGGAAGAAACUGGAGGGGGAGGCCCUUGCCUGACUACACCUCGAUACUAGGCUCUCCCUCCACGCAUGAAUGUCCAGGCACUAUCUUGACCAGCUAGAGCUCUUUCCACCAAUCAAAUAUCCAGGAUCUCUCUCCACCAAUGAAACUCACAUUUGACUUCACCUCGAUACUAGGUCGACCUUGGACCAAUCAAAUGUCCUGGAUUUCCCUGUACCAAUAAAUAGCUGUCUUUGUAUCAAUGAAAAAAGCCAGGAAUCUUUUGAUCAAUGAACAUAUUUAAGAUCAUUCCAUACCUUGAACAAAAUUGUACUACUUGUGAGGUAUGGUGAAAGUAAAAGUUUUUGCAAACAAUCAAACAGCGUAAUCCCACAACAAUUAAGGAAACAUGAGCCUUACUACAUGUACACCCCUGAAUAUGUCUCCGUAAGCUGAGUAUAUCUGAAUUGUUAUAAUUGAUAUUGAGUUAGAGCCAAUGUUAGAGCUGUGACAAGACAUUAUACCAUGCCUUUUAUUUGAAACAAUAAAUGACAAUUUGAAGCAGUGUAGUAGAGUCAUAAGGAGUUUUCAAAUUUAUUCUGUAGAAUUUUCAAACAUGUUUAUAACAGUGUGUAAGUCUUUAUCCAAUACUUAUGAGCAUUAGGUGAUUGAAAAUUGAUUGACAAUAAAAAUGUUCAUUGUGUAGUUUGCAUAUUGCAUUCUAAAUAUGUUUAAAACUUUAAAUCAUAUUUUUGUUUAAUGUGUAGCACUGAAUGUAGAUUUAAUAACACAAAUAACCGUGUAUGCAAUUACUUGGAAUACCCAAUGCAAUGGUUUAACACAAUUUAUAUUGCUAAUUAUGAACGCUUUACAGCCCACAAUCUGUUUUAACCAGAGUAACUAUGCAUGCAUUCUCAUUCAAACGAAUGAGACAAAAUACCUCCUAAGGAUUUUUUAGUUUUAUUAUCUACUGCAUGGCUUUAAGAGAAUAUUUUGGAUUAUUUUGAAAUAUUUGUCGUGGUAUUAAAGCUGCACUGUCACAGAUUUACCAUUUUUACAACUUUUUUACUUUUUGUCUUGGAAAGAGCAAAUUUUGGCGUAAAUAUCUGCAAUGAUAUAAGAUUGCUGACAAAAAAUCAGAUCGUAGAUUUUCAUAUUUCCCCAUAUUUCCGUUCGAAAAUUAAUGUUUUAUGACUUAAACUGUUACUAACGGUUUAAGAAAAAUGCAUCAUUGUUUGAACUCAAAUAUAGAAAUCUGCGAUCUUAUUUUUUGUCAGCAGUCUUAUAUAACUGGUUUCCAUGGAUUUUCGCAAAAAUUGGCUCGUUCCAAGACAAAAAAUAAAAAGUUGUCAAAACGUUCAAUCUGUGAGAGUGCAGCUUCAAAAUAUAAUGUUAAGAGUUAAAAUUUAGGUGUUAUUACUUUGUUACACUGCAAGCAAUGAAUAAUGAAUAGUAAUUAAAAUCUUGUCAAGUGUUAAAUAGAAUCAUUUACAUACAACUUGUCAUAACGAAAAGACGCAUAUUUGUUCUGCAUAAUAACUCUUGUAUAUUAGAUAAUAAAUACAUGUAAUGACUGUUAAUCCUUAUUUUAUGUGUCAAUUAAACAUGUGUUAUAAAAUAAAAGUUUAAUAUUUA